CAGAAACGCCGCGUUUGGAAACAGGAGCUGUCGGUGGAAAUUAUACUCAAAUACGGUAAAUAUAAACGAGAGUUUCUUUGCAAAAGUGCAGUGAAAGGCUUCGGUGAAAUACUGCAGCCACUGGAAAUAAGAGGCAUGAAUUUAAAUGACUUUGUGGUUCCUAACAACAAGACCGGAUCUCUCAAGCACAAUGCCAGGAACCUGCAAAAACUGCUACUGGAUACAACGACUGUGGCCAAUGAAAGCAAGAAAAUGGAAGAGAAGCUGGAACAGUUAAAAGAAAACAUGAGUAAAGAGAAGCAGGAGAGAGGAUGUUCAAAAGACUCUAAAGGGAGAUUUGGACAAUAUAUUUCUUCAAACAGAAACUCUCACCAAAACAGAUCUGAGAGGAAUGAGGACAACAAAUUCCAGAAACUUUUAGCUGGAAAACUGAAGAUCAGAGUUCUGAAGGAUGACAUAUCAAUAGACCCACCUCAGUCAGCAGCUUCCCAUUCUGUCCCUACCUCCGGUACUGGACUGACAAGCAGAGUAAAGGCAACGAUCUCAAGACCAUGUGAAACCAAGACAACUAAAUUA